CAGCGAAGGAGAAACAAACAUUUUGAAUUGACUGAAGAAGCAGAUAUGUCAGGUUUAUCGAGCUUAGUUUCUCAUAGAAAUGGAGCAAUCUCUCUGUUACAACUCAGUUUUUCGAAAUUCGGAUGUUUCUCUCGAGUGUGGUUUUCUUCCGGCGCUGUCAAAACUUCGAAACGGGAUGAUUCUGCUUCUCACCAAGCAUUUGGUGUCUCUGGAUUUGAUAUGGAGAAGAGCAUAUACAACAUUCUUACAAUUGACCGUUGGGGAUCUCUAAAUCAUAUGGAUUAUAGGCAGGCUCGUCUUAGACUGGUUCAUGGGAAGCUGGCUUUGAAGUUUCUUAAAUGGGUAGUGAAGCAGCCUGGUUUGGAGACUGACCAUAUUGUUCAGUUGGUCUGUAUUACUACACAUAUACUAGUUAGAGCUAGAAUGUAUGACCCAGCAAGACACAUCUUAAAAGAGUUAUCUUUGAUGAGUGGUAAAUCAAGCUUUGUUUUUGGUGCUUUGAUGACCACGUACCGUCUUUGCAAUUCAAACCCUUCUGUUUACGACAUCUUGAUUAGAGUGUACUUGAGGGAAGGAAUGAUUCAAGAUUCUCUGGAAAUAUUUCGCUUGAUGGGUCUUUAUGGAUUCAACCCUUCUGUAUAUACUUGUAAUGCAAUACUAGGUUCCGUUGUAAAGAGUGGUGAAGAUGUGUCAGUCUGGUCUUUCUUGAAGGAAAUGCUUAAGAGGAAGAUUUGUCCCGAUGUGGCUACCUUCAAUAUACUAAUUAAUGUGCUCUGUGCUGAAGGAAGCUUUGAAAAGUCGUCUUAUCUUAUGCAAAAGAUGGAGAAGAGUGGUUAUGCGCCAACUAUAGUUACAUACAAUACUGUGUUACAUUGGUAUUGUAAAAAGGGAAGAUUUAAAGCUGCUAUUGAGCUUCUAGAUCACAUGAAGUCGAAAGGGGUCGACGCUGAUGUCUGUACUUAUAAUAUGCUUAUCCAUGAUUUGUGCAGAAGCAAUAGAAUUGCCAAAGGUUAUUUGUUGCUGAGGGAUAUGAGGAAGAGGAUGAUUCACCCCAACGAAGUCACGUACAAUACACUUAUUAACGGGUUUUCUAAUGAAGGAAAGGUGCUCAUUGCUAGUCAACUUUUGAACGAGAUGUUAAGCUUUGGACUUUCCCCGAAUCAUGUUACUUUCAAUGCUUUGAUUGAUGGACACAUUAGUGAGGGAAACUUUAAAGAGGCUUUGAAGAUGUUUUAUAUGAUGGAAGCAAAAGGUCUUACACCUUCUGAAGUUAGUUAUGGUGUACUUUUAGAUGGGUUGUGCAAGAAUGCAGAGUUUGACCUAGCAAGAGGCUUUUACAUGAGAAUGAAGAGAAAUGGGGUAUGUGUUGGGCGAAUAACAUACACUGGAAUGAUUGAUGGGUUAUGCAAAAAUGGGUUUCUGGAUGAGGCAGUUGUUCUGCUUAAUGAAAUGAGCAAAGAUGGUAUUGAUCCUGAUAUUGUCACAUACUCUGCUCUUAUAAAUGGAUUUUGCAAGGUGGGGAGGUUUAAAACUGCGAAGGAGAUAGUAUGUAGAAUUUACCGAGUUGGUCUUAGUCCAAAUGGCAUCAUCUACUCAACCCUGAUAUACAAUUGUUGUAGGAUGGGAUGCUUAAAGGAAGCAAUAAGAAUUUAUGAAGCUAUGAUCCUUGAGGGGCAUACUCGAGACCAUUUCACGUUCAAUGUACUUGUUACUUCACUGUGUAAAGCUGGUAAAGUGGCUGAGGCAGAAGAAUUUAUGCGUUGCAUGACAAGUGAUGGUAUUCUUCCUAACACUGUUAGCUUUGAUUGUCUUAUCAAUGGGUAUGGAAACUCAGGUGAAGGGCUAAAAGCGUUCUCUGUAUUUGAUGAGAUGACCAAAGUUGGUCAUCACCCAACAUUCUUCACAUAUGGUAGUCUCCUCAAGGGAUUAUGCAAAGGUGGGCAUUUAAGAGAGGCAGAGAAGUUUUUGAAAAGCCUCCAUGCUGUUCCUGCAGCUGUUGAUACUGUAAUGUACAACACACUACUCACUGCAAUGUGUAAAUCAGGGAACUUGGCCAAGGCUGUCUCACUUUUUGGUGAGAUGGUGCAACGAAGCAUUCUGCCUGACAGUUAUACAUAUACUAGUCUUAUUUCUGGAUUGUGUAGGAAGGGCAAGACUGUUAUUGCCAUACUCUUUGCUAAGGAAGCUGAAGCUCGAGGUAAUGUACUUCCGAACAAAGUGAUGUAUACCUGUUUUGUGGAUGGUAUGUUCAAGGCUGGCCAGUGGAAAGCUGGUAUUUAUUUUCGGGAGCAAAUGGAUAACCUUGGCCAUACCCCUGAUAUUGUCACAACAAAUGCAAUGAUAGACGGUUACUCAAGGAUGGGGAAAAUAGAGAAGACAAAUGACCUACUUCCCGAAAUGGGGAACCAAAAUGGGGGUCCUAAUCUGACUACCUACAAUAUUCUCUUGCAUGGAUAUUCAAAGAGGAAAGAUGUAUCCACAAGCUUUCUGCUGUAUAGAUCCAUCAUACUGAACGGCAUUUUACCUGACAAGCUCACAUGCCAUUCUCUUGUUCUCGGAAUUUGUGAAUCCAACAUGUUGGAGAUUGGUCUUAAAAUCUUGAAAGCAUUCAUAUGCCGAGGUGUUGAAGUUGACAGGUAUACGUUCAACAUGCUAAUCUCCAAGUGUUGUGCAAAUGGAGAAAUCAACUGGGCAUUUGAUUUGGUUAAAGUCAUGACCUCUCUCGGAAUCUCGCUUGACAAAGAUACUUGUGACGCCAUGGUAAGUGUCCUCAACAGGAACCACAGAUUCCAGGAGUCUCGCAUGGUUUUGCACGAAAUGUCGAAGCAAGGGAUAUCUCCCGAGAGUAGGAAGUACAUUGGUCUGAUUAACGGACUUUGUAGAGUGGGAGAUAUAAAGACUGCGUUUGUGGUGAAGGAAGAGAUGAUAGCACAUAAGAUAUGUCCGCCUAAUGUAGCUGAGAGUGCAAUGGUAAGAGCGCUUGCAAAAUGCGGUAAGGCUGACGAAGCCACGCUGCUUCUUCGGUUUAUGCUGAAAAUGAAGUUGGUUCCGACUAUUGCUAGUUUCACUACUCUAAUGCACUUGUGUUGCAAGAACGGUAAUGUUAUAGAGGCCCUGGAAUUGAGAGUCGUCAUGAGCAAUUGUGGGCUGAAGCUUGAUCUUGUGUCAUACAAUGUUUUGAUUACUGGACUUUGCGCCAAAGGUGAUAUGGCACUUGCAUUUGAACUCUAUGAAGAGAUGAAAGGAGAUGGAUUUUUAGCCAAUGCGACUACAUACAAAGCUCUCAUCAGGGGGUUACUUGCCCGGGAAACAGCAUUCUCCGGGGCUGAUAUUAUCUUGAAAGAUUUACUUGCAAGAGGAUUCAUAACAUCUAUGAGCUUGUCACAAGAUUCACACAGAAACUUGAAAAUGGCCAUGGAGAAGCUGAAGGCCUUGCAAAGUAACAAGAAGGAUUAACAUCAGAACGAGCUUUAAGAGUAAUCAUAUGAUCAACUUCCGUACGCAAAUUAGUAUUAACGCUUAUUACAGGCAUCUGUUUCUCUGUAGCACGAUGAUAUUGCAGUUUGUCACCGUGAAGAGCUGGAUUUGCAAAGUAAUGUUCUCUCGAAGAACCAGCUAAAGCUCUUUGAACUUUGUCUGAUUCACAGUGAGUGCCAGUCAGUUCCAGAAGCUUAAGCUUGUACUGUUAUACAGAACAAGACAAGCAAGACAGUGAAGGUGCAACCUUACUGGCUCCUUUCUCUGACAAAUACAACUCAAAAACUACACCAAAGGAGAGUUUGAUUGAAUCUCUUAAACUUCCAGGUGGGUUGAUAAACGCUGUCUUUAACUCCACUUGCAUUAAAGAUCUUGUUUGUUUGUUCGUUUCUUACAUAUUGGACUCUCUGGCCAAGUCUUUCUUUACAGAGACAAAGCAGGAGGAGGAACAAGCUCUUAAUAGCUGGAGCUGUGUUGUCAUUUCAUGUGCUGAAUUCACCUGUAAUCAAUCUGGACUCACCAAAGAUAAUGGUUCAGGGAAAAAUGAUGCAGAGCCAUGGCAGCAAAAAAAAAAAGCUUCUUCUGUGUCUUUGAAGAUUCUUUUUGAUGAAUAUGUCGGAACAACGAGAAACUAGUUGUUGUGUUGGAAUGGUGUCUGAUGGAUCUUGAUGCAGACAGAAUCUAACAGUUAGUCAGAUUUGCAUCACUGGAUUUGUUCCAUUUUGCAAUACCCACUCGUGAGCCUCCUGUAACACAAAUAUUAUUAUAUGUUUAAAUGUGUUCAUUGUCUGUUAGUCUACUAACAAUUUAAUUAAGAUCAAAUAUAUAACAUGUUUAGAUCAUUAUUAUAUUAAACUUUGGUUACACCUAUUAUGAGUAAACAAAAUGAUUAUGAA